CACUGUCCCCGGCCAUAAAACUGAACCGAACUAACCUUAUCAUUCCAAAAAAAUGUGAUAACACUGUGAAAAUAUUUCACGCGAUAUUACAUAGCAUUUUGCGCAACAUUUUAUUAAAGGGAUACGUGAAAAUAAUAUAUAUCUCCGUGUUAGUGACGUACAAGUAAUGGCGGCCAUACAUCGAGAAGCGAUACAAAAGCAGAUUCAACAGGAUUGGGCUAAUCGCGAGUACAUAGAAGUUAUUACCGGCAGUAUUAAAAAGAUCACGGAUUUUCUCAACUCCUUCGAUAUGUCUUGCAGGUCGAGGAUAGCGGUUCUUAAUGAAAAACUGACGACUCUUGAACGUAGAAUCGAGUAUCUUGAGGCAUGCGUCACGAAGGGUGAGACGUUGACGUAAUCUCCUCAUUAACAUGACACAGCCAUCGUUUCCUUCCAUAAUCUGUUCUGAAUUUUCCUUUUCUGUACUAAGAAUCUAAAUAAAUAUAUACACGAUGAAAGCAAA